GUUCCCGCCCCAGCAUCAUCUCGCUGCACUGUUUAUUCUACACAUAUACACAUAGCGCGUUGUAUCCCGUAUACACCUGUAUUUUUGUGUUUUUAAUUUAACAAAAAAGUCCUCCACUUCUGUCUGAAAUUAUCAAACAAUUGUUUUUGCGCAAAUGUUUUGCAUGGGUUGUGUGUGCGAGCGAUAGUGUUUGUGUUUGGUGUAAAAGAGUUAAGAAAAACAGAGCAAGAGAUGAGCAGAUCUACACGACUGUAUACACUAGCCAGAUGAACUGUAUGUGUGUGUAUAUGUGCUUGUGCCUUUGUGUGUCUGUGUGUACAACUUUUUUUGUAAACAAAUCAUCCGCAAAUUCCGAGUGCCCGUACGUUUAAUUAGCAAACCGAGAGGCCUCUUGCGGGUGCACUUCCUACAGCUCUAGUGACGUGUUUUUGGUGCGUUCAUCAAGACCAAAUCGAACGUUAGAAUAGUGGAGAAAAGGAAACAGAGUAGAUGAGAAGGAAGGGAAUGAGAGGAGAGAGAGAGAAAGAGAGAGAGAGAAAGAGGGAGAGAGAGCGAGAUACAGAGAGUGAAAGCGUUAGAGAGCGACACAGCAAGAAAAAGAGAGUGCGUUAGGUCGGUGCCCCCUUUUGCCAUAUUUAUUGAUUUACCUAGGCCGUCGAAGCAGUCGUGUAACAGCAGCAGGUAGCUGUAAGGAUAGGUGGUCUUACUGAUACUUCCGUUACAUGCUAGAGUAACAUUGUUAUGUAACUAUGUGUGUGUGUAUAUAAGUGUAGUUCCGUCCCUUAGUAGUACGACAUUAACCUGCAUUAUGUAAGGAACGGGCCAGCACCACCGCCAGAAAGCAAUCAGAUAUGCAUGCGUGUUUAGAGUGGACUUUUUAAUUUCGGAACCCCGCCGCAAGACGACCUGCAUGUGGGUGCUGUGUGUGUAUAUCUUCGCAUGUGUGCGUGUACGUGCGUGUGUGUGUAUGUGUAGUAGACACAGCGUGCCAUCAGUCGGCCUGCAUGCCAUAGGCUACCAGUCAGUCAGUCAGCUUCGAGCGUUCGGAACGCUCCUGAAGUGAAGAGAACUGCGUUCGCCGCGAAUAACACACGCUGCCUCGCUGUAAAUCUUCGCUCGUUUCCUUGCUUCCGACUCCGUUUAUUCUGUUAUUAUAAUUUCGUUUCCCAAUGUCGAAUCUACCUGCGUUUCGGUAGUUGUGAACUGAAGCAUAAAAAUCAAAGAAACAAGCGAACCAAAACCACAACCAAACAUAUCCCGAUCAACCGUCGCUUGAUGGAAAGCGGACGACGAACGUGCAGUGAAACUGACCUGUGUACCAUCAUUCCCUGUUGCAGGAAAGCAUUAACGACUAAACGAUGUUAAUAAAAGAAUAUCGUAUUCCACUGCCACUAACGGUGGAGGAAUAUAGAAUAGCUCAGCUGUACAUGAUAGCGAAAAAAAGUCGCGAAGAAAGUAGCGGCGCCGGUAGCGGGGUCGAGAUCAUCGUGAACGAACCAUAUCAGGACGGGCCGGGCGGCAAUGGGCAGUACACGCGCAAGAUCUACCACGUCGGUAGCCACCUGCCGGGCUGGAUCAAGGGCUUGCUGCCGAAGAGUGCGCUCACGGUCGAGGAGGAGGCGUGGAACGCGUACCCGUACACGAAGACCCGCUACACCUGCCCGUUCGUGGAGAAGUUUUCGCUCGAGAUCGAGACGUACUAUUUCCCAGACAAAGGGCACCAGGACAACGUGUUCAAGCUGAGCGGAGCCGACCUGCGCAACCGGAUCGUCGACCUGAUCGACAUCGUGAAGGACCAGCUGUACGGGGCGGACUACACGCGCGAAGAAGAUCCGACCGUGUACUGCUCGGAGCGGACCGGGCGCGGCCCUCUCUCCGACUGCUGGCUGGACGAGCACUGGGAGGAGGUACAGGGCAAGCAGCAGCCGACCGCCCGCAACAUGUCGCUCAUGUGCGCAUACAAGCUGUGCCGGGUCGAGUUCCGCUACUGGGGUAUGCAGACGAAGUUGGAGAAGUUCAUCCACGAUACCGCGCUGCGGAAGACGAUGCUACGGGCGCACCGGCAGGCGUGGGCCUGGCAGGACGAAUGGUACGGCCUGUCGAUGGACGACAUCCGGGAGAUCGAGCGGCAGACGCAGCUCGCCCUGCAGCGCAAGAUGGGCAACGAGGAGGGUGGCGACGAGCAGGACGGGGACGGAGAGGAGGGUGAGGGUGCCAAAGCGACCGCCGAGCAGGACAAUCGAAGCGCCAAUCAAAUGUACUCGAUCGAAAAGACGAACGAAAACUCGACGCCUCACAUGGAGAAGAAGGAAGUGAUCCCGAUCAUCACGACCACGGCGGAGGCGGACCACGGUGGGCCCGGUGCGGGCCGACCAUACCGGAAGGAAAAACCGAAACCGUCCGCCCCCAGCUCCGAGGAGGAGGACACGCCAGACGGGAAGCAGCAACAGCGGCGUCGGGAGGAGGACGAUGAGGACGAGGAUGAGGACGAGGACGACGAGGACGAAGAGGAGGAUGAGCGGCACGGUGGAAGCCGCGGGCAAUCUCAGCAGGGCGCCGCCUGCUAUCUGCGCAAGCAGAACAACACUGGCUCCAAGAGCAAACUACAUUCACCGCUCGGCUCCGCACACAGCUUCGAUCUGCAGGUUGCCAACUGGCGCAUGGAAAAACUGGAGGUGGAUUCAAAAUCGGGCUCGGAGGAGGAAUUUUUCGACUGUCUAGCACGCGGUGAUAUGGGCGAAAAGGCAUCGCUGGUGAAGUGGAGCUCGCUGGAGCUGCUGGCGGAGGAAGAUGACAGCCCGCAGCUGGCGCCGAACCACCGCAACCAGGAGGACAGCAUCUUCAGCCAGUCGUACCUGCAGCGGGUCACGUCCGAGCGGGGCACCCGGCGCUCCUUCCUGGGGCACCAUUCGUCCAGCAUCGACCGGGGCACCGGGCACGGCGACCCCUCGCCGCCCGGUUCGCCCGGCCUGCCGUCCUGCCCGACCACGGUGCUGGUGCUGAUCAUGCACGCCGGCAGCGUGCUGGACGCGAGCUCGGACAUGACGACCAAGAAGUCGGACAUCACGACGUUCCGCGGCGCGCUCGAGUCGGUGAUGCGCCAGCACUACCCGUCGCUGGUCGGGCACGUCGCCCUGCGGCUGGUCGCCUGCCCGGCCGUCUGCUCGGACGCGCUCGGCAUCCUUUCCAGCCUGAGCCCGUACUCGUUCAACACCUCGCCGUCGAGCGCGGACGUGUCGAGCCUGGCGGACGUGCCGAUCGGUGCGAUCCCGCUGCUGGCCACCUGCUCGCCCGACUUCCAGGAGUCGGUGAGCCGGGCCGUGUCCUGCGCCAACCAGACGUUCGCCGACUUCCUCAAGUCGGACGAGGGCCGCGGCUUCAACGGGCAGGUCGUGCUGAUCGGCGACUCGAUGGGCAGCGUGCUGGCGCACGACGCGCUGUGCCGGUCGGCCGCCCACCAGGGCAGCGAGGCGUCCGGCCUCAACCACAUCGCCGACUUUGCCGAGGCGAACGAUCUCGACGCGACCAAGCUGCUGACGGCCCCGUCGCCCCGCCGCCGCUCCUCCUCCACGAGCGAGUCGCGCGUGCCCAAGUUCGAGUUCGAGGUGGGCGACUUCUUCAUGUUCGGCAGCCCGCUGGCGGUGAUCCUGUCCGCCCGCCGCCUCUCGGACGCGCGGUACGGGGCCAGCAAGCCGGCCUGCACCCAGCUGUACAACCUGUUCCACCCGACCGACCCGACCGCCGCCCGGCUCGAGCCGCUGCUGUCCGCCCGCUUCUCGAUGCUGCCGCCGUUGAACGUGCCGCGGUACGCGAAGUACCCGCUCGGCAACGGGCAGCCGUGCCACCUGCUCGAGCUGAUCCAGUCCAGCCCGCAGCUGUUCGCGGACGGCGGCCCGGCCGUCCCGUCCGCCCGCCGCCUCUCCGACACCUCGAUCCAGAGUGCCGCGUCCGGCAUGAUCGACAACGUGCCGCUCACCACGAUCAACCAGCUGCAGCAGCGCUGGUGGGGCUCGAAGCGCCUCGACUACGCCCUGUACUGCCCGGAGGGGCUGAGCAACUUCCCGUCGCACGCGCUGCCCCACCUGUUCCACGCGAGCUACUGGGAGUCGAGCGACGUGGUCGCGUUCAUCCUGCAGCAGAUCGGGCGGUUCGACGAGCCGGGCGCCGCCGGCUACGGCUACGAGAAGGACGUGUCGAGCUUCCGGCCGUCGCAGCCGCGCGAAAAGUGGAACAAGAAGCGCACCUCGGUCAAGCUGAAGAACGUGGCCGCCAACCACCGGGCGAACGAUGUGAUUGUGCGCGAGGGCGAACCGCAGCGGCUGGUCGCCCGCUUCAUGUACGGGCCGCUCGACGUGAUUACGCUGGCGGGCGAACGCGUGGACAUACACGUGAUGCGCGAUCCGCCCGCGGGCGAGUGGCAGCUGCUCUCGACCGAAACGACCGACAAGAACGGGCGCGUCAGCUACAUCGUGCCGGCGGAGCAGGCCUGCGGGUACGGCAUCUUCCCGGUGAAGAUGGUGGUGCGGGGCGACCACACGUCGGUCGACUUUUACAUCGCGGUGGUGCCGCCACGCACCGAGUGCAUCGUGUUCAGUAUCGACGGGUCGUUCACCGCGUCCGUGUCGGUCACCGGGAAGGAUCCGAAGGUGCGGGCCGGCGCGGUGGACGUGUGCCGCCACUGGCAGGAGCUCGGCUACCUGCUGGUGUACAUUACCGGCCGGCCGGACAUGCAGCAGCAGCGCGUCCUGUCCUGGCUCAGCCAGCACAACUUCCCGCACGGGCUGGUGUCGUUCGCCGACGGCCUGUCGACCGAUCCGCUCGGCCACAAGGCCACCUACCUGAACAAUCUCAUCCUGAACCAGGGGCUGAUCGUGCACGCCGCGUACGGCAGCAGCAAGGACAUCAGCGUCUACACCAGCAUCGGCCUGAAGCCGAAGCAGAUCUUCAUCACCGGCAAGGUGAGCAAAAAGCACCAGUCCAUGGCGACCCCACUGACCGACGGGUAUGCCGCGCAUCUCAGCUCGCUGAUGACGGUGGGCGGCUCCCGGCCGGCGCAGGGCAACGCCCGCAUGGUCAUACCGCGCAGCUGCUUCAACCUGCCCGGCCAAAAUCAAUCCAUUCGCAGGCGAAGGUUCGUGCCGGGCUAAGCUAGUGGACGCGGGCGGGGCUCAGCGCGAACGGAAAGCGGAACCGGCAGAUGGAACCGAUCGAAUCAACGCUAACCCCAAGGCAGCCAACAAUAUCCUAAACAGGGCCCAGCAGCAACCCUUGCAAUCCAUGCCAAAAAGAAGAAAUUGGAGGAAGAGGAGGAGGAAUAAGAAGAAAAAGGGAGGGGGAGGGGAGGUAAUAUCUAAAGCCAGUAACCAAACGGAGAGCGGCAGCGAACAGGAAGAGGGCGUAAAAGAAGAGGAGAGAAGAACAAGGGCGAAUAGUAGUAAACAUAUAUAACAGCACUAUUUAAGAGUUGCAUCAUGUAUAGUAGUUGUUCGGCAGGAAGGGCAAUAAGUGGAGUGGAGUGGAAGGCAUGAGAAGCAUGAGCAGAAGAUGAAGCAGCGAACCCCGUAAACCAAACGAUAUUCCUUAGCGUGUAAGCAGCGUUACAUAGACACACGUGCACCAGUUUUUUGUUUGUUUCUCUCUCGCGCUCUCUCUCUCUCUCUCCCUCUCUGUCUCUUCCUCGAACUCUCAUAGCUUUCGGACGUAUCAGUUAAGAAUCGGUACAGAGAUGUGGGAGUCCCCCACCCCCCUCCUCAGCAAUCUAUGAUAUAUAUAUUAGCCAAUGGCAAAGGUGUGGAAGACCACAGUGCGCAAAAAAGGCAUUUGCGACCAAUACGAAAGAUCUGUCAACAGGAACUGUUAUGUGUUAUGUAGCGAAACUUAACUAUAGUGAGAAUGAUAUCAUCAGUCGAACAUGGUUCGAAUAGAAAAGGAAAACACACACACACACACACACACCAACACGAUACUCAAGCGAUCACCAACUAUCACUGGUUAGUGACAGGCGACUCUAAGGAAGCUUGGCAAUAAGAAGCGAACCCUACAGCAAUAAUCCUGCGCCCCUGCAUUAUCUCUCGAAGCAAAAUCCCUCGCGCGCUCUCUCUCUCUUUUCAUUCCAUACAUAUUCCUAUACACUCCCAUCCACCCCACCCCUCUCCUAUCUCCUGUCUUUGUGUUACUCACACAAAAACACAAACACACAUGCAUCCAUUAAAAUCAAGCCCAGUGAGACGAUUAUCGGGCAAGCACGAGAGAACACAUACACACACACACACACACACAUACAUAUAUACACACAUAUAGGUGCCAGGCUCUAGGCGAAAACAGGGGAUUGCAGCCAUUUGUAAAAAUAAAUCAGGAUUUCUAUGCAAUAUUCUAUUUUGUCACAUGGUACCUGGCUUAGAAGACUGUCUCUUAAACCGGCUGUAAAGAAGAAGAAACCCAAAUUAAAACAAAACAGAGAAAAACGCAAAAAACGCAUACAGAUAUGAAAAGAAAGCAAAACGAAAAAAAUAUAUAUAAAUAAAUAAAAACAACUACAGAUGAAUCUAUGUAACAACAACUACAACAACAAAGCGACAAAACUCACGCGGAGAGGGCGCGAGAAGAGAACACAGAAUCUGUUUCAAACGUGAAGAAAAACAAAAACAAGAGAAAGAUACCGUUUAUAAUUAUUAUAACCUUGUUAUUCGAGUAUUGUUGAGCCUUAUCUCGGUUUUUGUGUUUUCACAAUAAUGAAAAGGAGAGGUGGUAGGAUGAGGUGGUAGACAUCAAUUCAAUGUUCUGAUAUAUACAAGUCGAAUCUGUUUGGAUAUGUAAUUAAUUUGUAAGGACGUUUUACCCGACGCGGAUUGGGCACACACACAUACACACAUCCACACAUUUGUGGUGCGAAAAUGUGCGAACAUACCUACAGAAACCAAAAAACAAAACCAGCGGAAAAGGGAAAAAGAAAAUCGCAAUGUUGCUGGUAAGCGGCAGCAGUAAAGGAACAAACAAAAAAAAAAAAAAACCCACGCUGAUGCGCACCUAAUUACUGAACAUAUACAUAUAAUGGAUACAACUUACAUAUAAAACCGCGGGAAUAGGUGUCCAGAACCGGAUGGUAGUACAGUGCAAACGUUGUAAGAAUCUAUACAUAUAUACAUAUAUACAUAUAAUAUACAUCCGUGGACGUAUUAUACAGGAGUCAUCCAAAUGUUCGUAGUUUGAGGCAAACGUCCGUUAGACGCCCGGUAAUGUGUUAGAGGGGGGAAAAGAAUACAUUGAACAGGGGACAGGAAACCCUGCCCAGGGCGGGUUCCUGUAUAAAGCAAUGAGGUGCCCACUCCGCUCACCUAGAUGGGGAAGCACUGGGGAAUAGAGGAGAAUAUAUUCUAAAACUUUGAUGUUUCUUUACUGUUAACGUAUGGAAGACGUAUGGAUGUGUGUGUGGGUGUGUAGCAACUUGUAGUGAUUUAGAGGUUUAAAACCUGCCCCGGUCCCCCUCGAUUCAAGAAAGCAAGAUAGAAAGUAAAACAAGCAAAGAAAUGAGAUGAAAAAGGGGAAAGAGGACAAACUAACAACUGAAAAUGAUGGGGCACUUAGAAGAGGUAGGAAAAAGAAUGCGAU